CAUUAUUUUCAAUGAUUUUUGCAAACAUCAAAUCAGACUGUGUUCGGAAAACAUAAAUUGAAAAGAUGUAAUUGACCUUUUAAAUACGUUUGCUUCUGAAAACGACAAAAUAUAGAUUCUUCAUAAAAUUACCUACUGUAUAUAUAAUAAAACCAGCUGAUCAGUGCUUAAAGUACGCAAUUGAAAACUAGCUGAUUAACUUCGAUUUGAUCAGUCGCCGUGACAUCGCGUUCAACUGCAGUUCGUGAACGAAUCACAAAGAUGGAAAUUCAAUCGCUUGAAAUGAUUUUGCUGCUGAUGUUUUUCCUCAGCAGCAGUCUUAUCUACGGCCAAACACCGGAUCCAGCUGUCCAGCUAGCUUGCACUAAAUUUAAACAGAUUGUUUUUGAGGAACGAGUGGCAAUCAGCUUCUUUUUCGAAGAUGCACCGAUUACCUACGAGACAGUUGAUACUUGUCAUGGAUCUAGGCCCCUUAUUGUAGAUGGCACACCGGCGGAACCCAAAGAGUUCCCACAUGCAGCUCGCCUUGGCCACCGUGAUGCUAACAACGUAACGAAAUGGUUCUGUGGUGGAACAUUGAUAAGCAACCGCCUCGUGCUUACUGCGGCUCAUUGCUUUUAUUCCGAACAUGGCGCAGUUAAUGUUGUACGUUUGGGUGAACUGGAGUUUGACACCGACCAGGAUGACGCUCAGCCGGAAGACUUUAAUGUACGCACUCUCAAGGAACAUCCGGAAUUCAAAAACCCUCAACUCUACAAUGACAUUGGAAUUGUACAACUGGAUCGGGAAGUCAAGUUCAAUCGGUACAAGCAUCCUGCCUGCCUUCCCUUCGACGACGGUGAGCAGCACGAGAACUUCAUUGCCAUUGGCUGGGGCCAAAAGAAGUUUGCCCAAAAGGAGUCCAAGAAGCUGCUGAAAGUUCAGCUGCAAGGUUUUCGUGAUAGGUGUGUUACCAGUGUGGAACCUAAUGAUGAACUCCCCAAUGGCUACGAUCGCAAAAGCCAGCUUUGCAUCGGAUCUAGGGACAACAAAGACACUUGCAAUGGCGACUCUGGAGGUCCAGUGCUAGCCUACCACAAGGAUCUACAUUGCAUGUACCACGUCAUGGGCAUUACCUCAGGUAGCAUUGGUUGCUCCACGCCCGAUAUUCCAAGUGCCUACACAAGGGUCCAUUACUUCCUCGACUGGAUUAAGAGGGAACUGGCCAAUCAGACAUUACUCAUAAACCGUAGAGACAGCUACACGAUGCAAAGUGCGUUCUCUGGCGAGAUUGUCCAGCUGGGAGCAGCAUUUCUGGUUCUAUUAGUCGAUUAUGUGACGUCUCAAGAUCCGGAUAUAGUAAACACAUGUGCUUCCUACAAGAAGAGUGUUUGGGAAGAGACAUCAGAGUUCAGCUUCUUGAUGGAGGGUGCUCCGAUCAUCUACAAGACUCUGGACAAAUGCACAAGCUAUGCACCCCUGAUAAUCGGAGGAGGACCCGCCUUGCCCAAGGAGUUCCCGCACGCUGCCCGCCUGGGACAUAGAAAUGAGGAUGAUGGCGAAGUGGAGUGGUUUUGUGGAGGAACACUUAUCAGCAACAGGCAUGUGCUUACGGCAGCGCAUUGUCACUUCUCGCCGCAGGGUUCUGUGAAUAUUGUUCGGCUUGGGGAUCUGGAGUUUGACACCAACAACGACGAUGCAGAUCCGGAGGACUUUACCGUAAAGGACUUCACAGCGCACCCUGGAUAUAGUCACCCAGCGAUUUACAAUGACAUUUCCGUAGUGCGAUUGAGCCGAACCGUUUCCUUCAACGAGUACAAGCAUCCUGCCUGUCUGCCCUUCGACGACGGCCGAUCAGUCGCCUCCUUCAUUGCCAUUGGUUGGGGUCAGCUGGAGAUUGUUCCGAGGACUGAAAACAAAAAGCUUCAGAAGGUUAAGCUUUAUAACUACGGCACCCGCUGCAGGCUUACGGCGGACAAAAAUGAUGAGCUACCUGAGGGCUAUAACGCCACAACCCAACUCUGCAUCGGAUCCACAGAGCAUAAGGACACCUGCAACGGCGACUCUGGCGGCCCGGUACUCAUCUGCCACAAUGAGUACCCCUGCAUGUAUCAUGUGAUGGGUAUCACAUCCGUCGGUGUGGCCUGCGACACACCCGAUCUGCCGGCCAUGUACACGAGGGUGCACUUUUACGUGGAUUGGAUUAAACAGCAAUUGGCCAAGAAAUAGUAAGAGUAAAAAACCUUUAAGAAAUUGUGAUUGAAAAAAUUUCGGAUUUAUUUAAAUUUUCGAACGUAUUAUUUAAAAAACGAAUCAGAUAUAGAAAAAAUCAAAAUUAAGUAACUAUAUUCAAAAAGAUGUUAAAAAUAAAACAAGAUUCCGAAUUGUUUUAUAAAAAAUUGUUUAACUCUCGAGAACUACCAUGAUUUUCAAAGAGAUUAAGAAAAGUUUAUUUAAUGGGAAUUAGAGGAGAACUAAGCCUCCUUAUAUUAGCGUUCACCGUUUAUAAAUAUCCAAAGUAAUUAAAUAUAUAAUAAUUACCUGGUGAAGUACAAAACCGA